CGUGGCAGGGCCCGGGGGAGCUAUAAAUACUGCCAUUGCCGCGCCCUCCCUCUCCUCAAGCUAGAACUAGAUAGAUCGCCAUUCCACUCCGCCUUCGGUGGGAGAUUCGGUUCCAGGCAAACAGCCCUUCCGUUUCAGAGAGAGAGAGAGAGAGAGUCUCUUGCGUUGGCUCGUUCCCUUCCCCGGUCGGUCGCGAGGAUGACGCCGGCGAGCAUGGUCUCCUUGCCCAGGAGCGUUCCGGCGGCGGUGGCGGCGUUCCCGGCGUCCGCGCGCGCCGGGGAACGGAGGAACGCCCGGCCCUCCCUCAGGCCCGCGGCGUGCGGCGGGGACGAGCAGCAGCAGCCGUCCAUGGCCGCGGUGCCCCCGUCGCUGCGCGCCAUCCAGGCCAAGCGGAAGCACGCGGCGGCGCAGCGCGGGGUGCCGCGGGCGACGGCCACGAGCGCGGCCGGGUGCGCGGUGGCGGCGCUCGUCAAGGCCGUGGAGGCCGUCCAGGGCGCGGCGGCCGGGGGCGCCGCCGAGGCCGCGCGCGGCGCCGGGGACGCCGUGGCGUGGGUCUUCAGCAAGGUGCACUUCCAGUCGCCGGACCUCGCCGUCGGGCUGCUCGGGAUGGUCGCCUGCUGCCUCGGCACCGCCGUCCAGGCGGAGAGGGACCGCAUGGAGGCCAAGAGGCUCGAGGCGUCGCGCAACGCGCAGGCCGAGCCCGACGGCGACGACGGCGACGCGGAGGAGCCCGAAGAUUUGCCGGAGCUGGUGGAGGGGGACAUGGAGAAGGAGCUGUGGGGUCGGAUCGGCAUCCUGCAUGGCGACGGCCUGUAUGGGGACGGCCAGGAGGAGCUCGAUGAGGAAGAGAUCAAGGAGAUCGACAGCGCCCGCGCACGGCGGCGGAAGGCGGCGUACGAGAGGAUCAUCGCCUCCGGCGGAGCGAACUCGCUCGUCCUGUCCAACUAUGCGCAGCUCCUCUACGAGUUGGACAGGGACAUCAACAGGGCGGAGAUGUACUUCAAGCAGGCGGUCGCCGCGGAGCCGGCGGACGGCGAGGCAAUGCGGAGGUACGGCAUGUUCCUCUGGCACGCCCGCGGCGACAUCGGUGGCGCGGAGGAAAUGUUCACCGGCGCCAUCGAAGAGGAGCCCGAGAGCAGCCACCACCGGAGCAGCUACGCGUGGUUCCUCUGGAUGACCGGCGGCGUCGAGACCUGCCUCAUCGACACCGGCAAGAACAACGGCAACGACGCCGAAUGAACCACCGCACGCCGCAGCCCAUCGGAAACCCAAGACAAGACCUUCCCACCGGCAAGUGCCCGGCGGCGGCGGGCCGGCCAUUCAGAUGGUGCAUCUAGGUACUGCCGUGUCGCAUGGCCAGCAUCAAUGAGCAGCAUCGGCCCUUGUAGGGGCCAGUUAUCCAGUAUAUACUAGACGAAUGCGCAUCAACAAGGAGCCAACCCAGGAGGCAACAAUAAUGUUGGCAAAGCUAGCGCGUGUAGUAUUGUAGUGCGUGUGAUGCUAGUACUAGUGGUGUGUGGAAUAAAGCAUCCAUGCAUCCUUCCAGGGCAUGGAUUCA